CCCCCUACAUCCGGGUACCGACUCCUGCCGCCCAGAUUCUGGCACUAUGGUCAUGGCGGAGGGGACGGCAGUGUUGAGGCGGAACAGGCCGGGCACCAAGGCGCAGGAUUUCUAUAAUUGGCCUGAUGAAUCCUUUGAUGAGAUGGACAGUACACUUGCUGUUCAGCAGUAUAUCCAACAGAACAUAAGAGCAGAUUGCUCCAAUAUUGACAAAAUUCUUGAACCACCUGAAGGCCAAGAUGAAGGGGUGUGGAAGUAUGAACAUUUAAGGCAAUUUUGUCUUGAACUAAAUGGACUUGCUGUGAAGCUUCAGAGUGAAUGCCAUCCGGACACCUGUACUCAAAUGACAGCAACUGAACAAUGGAUUUUUCUCUGUGCAGCUCAUAAAACUCCCAAAGAGUGUCCUGCUAUAGACUACACUAGACACACGCUUGAUGGUGCUGCAUGUCUUCUGAAUAGUAAUAAAUAUUUUCCUAGCAGGGUUAGCAUAAAGGAAUCAUCUGUAGCAAAACUAGGAUCAGUAUGCCGUAGGAUUUACAGAAUAUUUUCACAUGCUUAUUUUCAUCACCGGCAGAUAUUUGAUGAAUAUGAAAAUGAAACAUUUUUGUGUCAUCGGUUUACUAAAUUUGUGAUGAAAUACAAUUUGAUGUCCAAGGAUAACCUGAUUGUACCGAUUUUAGAAGAGGAGGUUCAGAAUUCAGUUUCUGGAGAAAGUGAAGCAUGAAGGGAAUCAUACAGGAAAAUGUACUGAUCACAUAAUUAACAUUAAUUAUGUACUGUAUAUAUAUCAUUUUAGACACAUCAAUCAUGUAUCCAUAGUAUAGUUUCUUUGUCUAGAAUAAGUUUUUGUAUGCUGUGUGUUGCCUUUUAAAAUGGGAAAUACUUUUUAAGUUAUUCAUGAGCUGUAUAUUCACCAGUGUGGCACUCAUGGUUUUUUAAAUAAGAUUAGUAUUAUCUGUUUAUAAUGCUUGUUAAUAAAAGAAUUUACAGUUUGGUAAAAUUGCUGCUAAACAAUCAUUGGAUCACAAUCCUCAUCAAAUAAACCCAUCUGUAAACAGGAAGAGUAAACUUGAGAUCUCGCACAAGCCAUUUCCUAAAGGGAAAGCAACGUAUUCCUUUUGUUUUGCCCCUGAGUUUAUACAUUCUAAAAAUUCUGUAGAAUAUAGACUAAACUUUUCCAAAAUGAGAUAAAAGUCUUUAAAAUUUUCUAUAGUUUUUGAUAUGCAGUUAUGACUGUGUGUAUAUCCAAACAGAAAAACAAACGAAGCAUUAGUAACUCUUAUAUAAUUUACUGUGUUGAAGUAUAUUCCAGCCAGGCCAACAUAUUUGGAAAGGAUCUACCUUUUUGCAACAGUGAAUUGUACAUACAUUUGAUGCUAAUGAUAAGGCACAUAAAAGGUAUUCCCACUGGAAACCUUCUCUUCACCCCUUUUUGCUUCCUGUAAUCCUAUGCUCCAGUCCUCUGAGAAGCCUUCCGCCAGACUGGUUUAGAGGUGGCUUAUGCCUGUUUAAACUCAUAUUAACAACUUACAGAUUUACCUCAUAUUAUCCAUUAUACUACACUACAGGAAAGAUGUGUUGGCAUAGGCUCUUUGUUUUGUGAAAGUUUUCUAACUGUUUAGAAAAUAGUCCUUAAAACCAUUUGAAUCUUAGUAAUACUAAUCUUUUCAUCUAAUCCUAGGCAGCAUUAAAGAGAGUUGAAGAACUACUGUAAUAUUUAUUUUAUACCCCUUCUUCACAAGUUUGCUUGAAUUAUAUACAUAUGUGAGGAUAUUUGUAAUAAUUUAUGGGUUCUAAGGGUGUUGAUGAAUGGCCAUACACUUUUUAGACUUUGUUGUGUUAAGGAUUGAGGUGCAGAUGUAACAAUCUAUUGAAUGCAGUUUUUCAUAGAGUACUAGAAUUUUUAUUGCCACACUGUUUGUUAAUAAGGCACUUAGAGUGGAAAAGUUAUACAUGUAGUGAAGAAAAGACUAAAACCCAUUUUCUAGAACAGAUUCAACAAAUGUGAGGAACUUCCUUUUCAUUUAAAAGUUACUUUGAAAUGAAGAUGGAAGUGUAUUCAUCUGGAUUGUCUUUUAAAUAGGAAGGAAGUUAUAUCAUAUUGUGAGACAAAUAAGCAAAGAAAAAUGUUGGUAACAGUAGCAUCGUGAGAUUGUAAAUACAUAGUUGAUGCCUUUCCAAGGCUGCCAGUUCUUUUGGCUUUGAACAGUACUGUCCCAGCAGCCAUGGUCCUUACUAGACCCCGACUCACAACUGUCUUUUCAAAGUUUUAUGUUCAUGGUGAAAGAAGUGUUGACUUUGAAAUUAUAUAUUUAUAUUAAUAUCAGUAUAAACUAAUAAUAGUAAUUUUGAACCAAACUUGCUCAAUCUUGAGAGACUAACCUACUAAGAAGUGACGGAUAACAAUGUAGCCCUUCUCUUUGGGCGUUUCUCAUAGCAGUUGCCUGUUACUUGACUAUUUUCUUGGUGAACAUGUGAACUAAGGUAGUGACUGGGACUGGUUAUCUUGCUAAGGAUUUAAAACACAUUUUAAAUAAUAUGACUUAGUGUUAACUGAGAAAUAAAAUAUGAUUUUUUUGGUAUUCAUUCCAUCUUCCCUGUACUGUGUUUGGAUUUGAUCAUAAAAAAAUCUUCGAAAGAAAAUGCCAGUUUGUAGUCUUGCUUUUGUAUUCAUAUUGAUAUCUCACUAAUAGUAUUUGUUGCACUGUUGAAGUUGAUUCACAAACUAGGUAAUAACUAAAUAAAAAUUUCUGUCUUUCUUUAA